ACAAUAUAUGGAAAAAUGGCCUUCCUACAAUGGAGAAGAUUUAAUUUUUUUGACAAGGAGGUUCUGAAAGAUCCAGAGACUGACCAGGUGUAUGACAAGUUAAAGGAUGUGAACAUCUCAGCGUGUGUGAGUGGGCGGGGCCAGCUGAUCGUGGGGGACCAUGAGGGGUACGUUUACAUGAUUAACAAACAGCUCAGUCUCAACAUGUUCAAGGCAUACGAGAUCAGGGUCUCCCACCUUCACCAGAUGAAACAACACAACCUUCUAGUCUCCAUAGGGGAAGAUGAACAAGGAAUUAAUCCUCUAAUUAAAGUUUGGAAUUUAGAUAAGAUGGACAAAGGUGGACCAAUGUGUACCAGAAUUAGCAGAGCCAUCCCUAAUAACAAAGCCACGCCAGUCACAUGCCUAACUGUUCAUGAAAAUUUGAAUUGGAUGGCUGUUGGGUUUGAAAAUGGAAGUGUUCUUCUGUUCAAGGGAGAUGUGACAAGAGACAGACACAGUAAGUCAAGGAUAGUCCAUGAGAGUCCUAAGCCAGUGACUGCCCUGGAGUUUAAGACGCAGGGGAAGAAUAUUUUCCUGUUUGUGGUAACAGAUGCUAAUGUGAUAUCUAUCAACAUCUCGGGCAAACAGGAUAUCAAGAGCACACUGGAGAUGUUUGGAGGUAAGCGGGGUGGAGUGGUGAUGAGUGACCAAAGUCAGGAUAAUCAGCUGGUGGUAGCCAGACCUGAUGCUGUGUAUUUCUACCAGACAGACAGUCGAGGGCCAUGUCUGGCCUUCGAGGGGGAGAAGUUGAGACUCCAUUGGUUCAGGAACUACCUGAUUGUUGUGGGGAAGGAGGAUAAAACCCUCCCCAGACCUGUUCAAUUAAGUGGGCAGGCGAUGGAGAUGCACAUAGUGACGGUGUACGAUAUACAGAAUAAGUUUAUAGCUUACUCCGCCCCCUUCCCUGAUGUGAUCGAUGUCCUGUCAGAGUGGGGCAGUGUUUAUAUCCUAGGGGGAGACCAAAAGAUAUAUCAGCUACAAGAGAAGGAUACUCAGACCAAAUUAGAAAUGUUAUUCAAGAAAAAUAACUACACACUUGCCAUCAGUCUUGCCAAAAGCCAGCAUUAUGAUCAGGAGGGAUUGAUUGACAUUUUUACACAGUAUGGUGAUCACCUGUACAGUAAGGGGGACCAUGAUGGGGCCAUUGACCAGUACAUCAAAACCAUUGGCAAACUAGAGGCCUCCUACGUCAUACGCAAGUUUUUAGAUGCCCAGAGAAUCCACAAUUUGACAAAGUACUUACAAGCUCUACAUAAACAGCAGCAGGCCACAGAGGAGCACACUACACUCCUCCUCAACUGUUACACCAAACUCAAAGACGUCAACAAACUGGACGAGUUCAUCAUGACUAAAGACCGUGAGGUAGAUUUUGAUGUAGAGACGGCCAUUAAGGUGUGUCGACAGGCGGGAUACUUUGAGCAUGCUCUGUUCCUCGCGGAGAAGCACGGUAAACACGAGUGGUAUCUAAGGAUACAGCUGGAGGACAUCAAACAAUAUCAAAAAGCCCUGGAGUACAUCGGAAAACUAGAGUUCACUGAGACUGAAGAGAAUGUGAAGAAAUAUGGGAAGGUGUUGAUGGCUGAGGUCCCCCAACAGACAACAGAAUUGUUAAAGAGGUUAUGUACAGACUACAGACCAACAGACAAGCCAUUAAUUGAUCAAAGCAUGAUGGAUGGGGGAGUGGCCAGAAUAGAGCGGGCACCUGCGGAACAUUUUAUUCAUAUUUUUGUCAACAACUCGGAGAAAUUAACCGAAUUCCUGGAACACAUGAUUAAGGUUCAGCCUAAUUCUCCCAGUCUGCUAUACAACACAUUGUUAGAGCUAUACCUACAUGACAUUGUGCAUGAAACAGACAGCACGAGAAAGACAGAGAGAGUGAGGAAAACGGAGGAACUGUUGAAGAAUCCAGAUGCAAAGUAUGACCUAGAUCAAGCCAUGGUUCUCUGUCAGAUGAAUGACUUCAAGGCUGGCAUUCUCUACCUGUAUGAAAAAGCUCACCUAUACCAACAGAUUCUACGGUACCAUAUGGAGCAUGAUGACUUUGUGCAUGUCAUUGAGACCUGUAAAAAGUUUGGACAACAGGACUCCAAUCUGUGGGUGCAGGCCUUGUCAUACUUUGCCAGGAAAGAGGACAACUGUAAACCUCAGCUGAUGGAGGUCCUGUCUCAAAUUGACAAGAAGAAUCUAUUACCACCAUUACUUGUAAUACAGACACUGGCCCACAAUUCCACAGCAACCUUGUCUGUUGUCAAGGACUACAUUAUCCGAAGGCUACAGAUGGAAAAUGAUCAGAUCGCUGAGGACGAGAGAUUAAUAAAACAGUACAGAGAGGAUACUGAUAAAAAACGAGCUCAGAUUGAGGAACUCAAAACAACGGCCAAGGUUUUCCAGGCUUCGAAGUGUAACAUCUGUAACCAUCCUCUGGAGCUUCCCUCUGUACAUUUCCUGUGUGAACCACAUUCCUACCAUCAACACUGUUUUGAGAGCUAUGCAGAAAAUGACUCUGAGUGCCCUGUUUGUGCGGCAGAAAAUAGGAAAAUCAUGGACAUAAUCAGGGCCCAGGAACAAAGUAAAGACCUUCAUGAACAAUUCCAUAAUCAGUUACAAAGAUCUCAAGAUGGCUUCUCUGUUGUGGCAGACUACUUUGGAAGAGGAGUUUUUAAUAAGGUCACCCUAAUUACCGAUUCACCAGCAAGACAACCUCCAAAAGCGGCAUCCACAAGUAGAUUUGUGUGACAUUAAUUACAAAGGUCAAGGUCAUCAUGCAAACGACCUUGAACAAUUUGUUGACUGCCUCCAAUAAAAGAUGCUACAAGAUGGAAUGGAAUUCCAGGACCAUCGGAGAGAUUGUUUAUGUUUUGUCACAGAACAGAACCAUCUGUGAUUAUCUAGUGCAAUAUUGUUAAAGAUGUUAUAGCAAAUAAGAUUUUAUUGAAUAAAUAAUAACAUAUGUAAAA